AUGGAGGAAGAUGAUAACUAUGUGGAGUUUGUUCCUGUGGCGAAGCGUCGAGCAUUGGCAGCUCAAAUGAUUCUUCAGAGAAGGGGAAAUUCCUCUGCUUUAGAGGAUGAACUUGAAAAAUCCAAACUUGCAGAAGCCAAGCCCAGCCUCCUGGUCAAAGCGUCUCAGCUCAAGCGCGACCAACCUGAAAUUAGUCAGGCAGAGCAGAUUGUGCAACAAGAAAAAGAAAUGAUAGAACAUCUGUCUGAUAGGAAAACUCUCAUGUCAGUUCGUGAAUUGGCCAAGGGAAUUACAUAUACUGAGCCAUUGUUGACAGGAUGGAAACCGCCGCUUCCCAUCAGGAGAAUGUCCAGAAAGGAAUGUGAUGCAAUUCGAAAACAGUGGCAUAUAAUAGUUGAUGGUGAAAACAUUCCUCCACCAAUUAAGAAUUUCAAAGAUAUGAGGUUUCCUGAGCCUAUUUUGAAAAUGCUAAAAGCCAAAGGGAUUGUGCAGCCUACUCCUAUUCAGGUGCAAGGUCUUCCUGUCAUCUUAACAGGAAGGGACAUGAUUGGGAUUGCCUUUACUGGAUCUGGGAAGACUCUUGUUUUUGUGCUUCCGUUGAUUAUGAUUGCUUUACAGGAAGAGAUUAUGAUGCCCAUUAUGCCUGGAGAAGGCCCCGUUGGUUUGAUUGUCUGUCCAUCAAGAGAACUUGCCAGACAAACUUAUGAAGUUGUGGAACAAUUUUUGAUUCCCAUGAGAGAGGCUGGGUAUCCAGAACUGAGGCCAUUGCUAUGUAUUGGUGGAGUGGAUAUGAGGUCACAGUUGGAGGUUGUAAAGAAGGGUGUGCACAUUGUAGUUGCAACUCCUGGAAGGUUGAAGGACAUGUUAGCAAAGAAGAAAAUGAGCCUGGAUAACUGCAGGUACUUGACAUUGGAUGAAGCGGAUAGAUUAGUGGAUUUGGGCUUUGAAGAUGACAUAAGGGAAGUCUUCGACCACUUCAAAGCUCAAAGGCAAACUCUUUUAUUCUCUGCCACCAUGCCCACAAAAAUUCAGAAUUUUGCUAGAAGUGCUCUUGUGAUGCCUGUCACGGUUAAUGUGGGAAGAGCUGGGGCAGCAAACCUUGAUGUGAUUCAGGAGGUUGAGUAUGUAAAACAGGAGGCAAAGAUUGUUUACCUUCUUGAAUGCCUACAGAAAACACCACCUCCUGUAUUAGUAUUUUGUGAGAACAAAGCUGAUGUGGAUGACAUUCAUGAGUAUCUCCUCUUGAAGGGAGUUGAGGCUGUGGCCAUUCAUGGAGGCAAAGACCAGGAAGAGAGAGAGUAUGCAAUUUCAUCAUUUAAAGCAGGCAAGAAAGAUGUCUUGGUUGCAACUGAUGUCGCUUCAAAAGGCUUGGAUUUUCCUGACAUUCAACAUGUAAUUAACUAUGACAUGCCUGCUGAAAUUGAAAACUAUGUACAUAGGAUUGGACGAACAGGAAGAUGCGGUAAGACUGGAAUUGCCACAACCUUUAUAAACAAAAACCAGAGUGAGACAACACUUCUUGAUCUGAAGCACCUAUUGCAAGAAGCGAAGCAGAGGAUUCCUCCUGUUUUGGCUGAGCUAAGUGAUCCAAUGGAAGAUGGAGACACAAUUAAUACUGCAAGUGGAGUUAAAGGAUGUGCUUAUUGUGGUGGUCUUGGUCACCGCAUCCGUGAUUGCCCCAAGUUGGAGCAUCAAAGAAGCCAGCAACUUGCCAACUCCAGAAGAGAUUAUUUCGGUUCUGGUGGUUAUAGGGGAGAAAUUUGA